GAAGGCACGGCGAGGACGGGUCGGGCUCACAGCACAGAGGAGGCGCUCGGGUGAAGUUGUGGUCCGCCGCGUCCGGGGCGACUUGUGUGCGCUCGGAAGAGACCCGGAAAAAGGACGGCGCAGAGCGGGUAUACCUCCCCCCCCCCCCCCACCACACACACACCCCGCAGAGCUGGAGGUGUCGGAGCGCAGAGCCGCACGAGAUGACAUCGGUGUCGAGUUGAGAGGCUUUUAGUUAAAGAGAAAAGUUACUGCUGGAAGAGAAGAGGCAUUUUUAUUUUGGCUUUUCAAUUGGACCAUUGUGCUCAGGCAGCUGCUUUUUCAAUGUGGGAUACAGUUUUGGUGCUUUCGCCAGGCUGAAAUCCUCCAGGGUCAGGACCUCCCUCAUGGCAGCCAUACUCCUCGGGCUGCUGCUCUUUGCGAUGCAGUCUCCCCCCGUCCCCUCCAGGCCCAUGGCCGACGAGGGGCCACCUCCACCUCCCACCUUGUUGCCCAUCGACAACGGGAGCACCAGCCACCCGAACGGCACCUUCCAACAGCUUCCUCAUAUUAUAAUUAUUGGCGUGAGGAAGGGGGGGACGCGGGCGCUGAUAGAGAUGCUCAGUCUGCACAGUUCAGUGGCGGCGGCUCAGAACGAGGUGCACUUCUUCGACUGGGAGAGUCACUUCCAGAAGGGCUUGCCUUGGUACCUCAGCCAGAUGCCCUACGCCUUCCCAGACCAGCUGACGGUGGAGAAGACGCCCGCCUACUUCACCUCCAGCAAAGUCCCCAAGCGCAUCCAUCAGGUGAACCCUGACAUCAAGCUGCUGCUCAUCCUCAGAGACCCCACGGAGCGGGUGCUGUCAGACUACACCCAGGUCUUUUACAACCGGCUGCAGAAGCACAAGCGCUACCAGCCCAUCGAGUCCGUUCUAGUAAAGGACGGCGAGAUCAACCUGGGAUACAAGGCGCUCAAUCGCAGCCUGUACUGCGUCCACAUGCAGAACUGGCUGCAGUACUUCCCACUGAAGAGCAUCCACGUGGUGGACGGGGAUGAGUUGAUCAGAGACCCUUUCCCCGAGAUGAAAAAGGUGGAGAGAUUCUUAAAGCUGGAACCCCAGAUAAACGCUUCAAAUUUUUACUUCAAUAAAACAAAAGGAUUCUACUGUUUGAGAGACCACGGGCGAGAACGGUGUUUACAUGAUUCAAAGGGCAGGGCUCACCCUCAUGUGGCGCCGGCCAUCCUGCAAAAACUCUACCAGUUCUUUCAGGAACCCAACAAGAAGUUCUUUGAGCUGGUGGGCCGAACGUUCAACUGGAAAUGAACGUCUGAGUCUCGGAGGUUUGGCGUAGAGCGGCUUGGGGGACGAUCUGUUUUCCUAACUAACAAUGUAGAUGAAGAGACAAAGCUAAUGUACAUUUAAACCAAGUCUAUUUUUGUACUAGUCCGUUUGUUACAGGAGUAUGAUCGAGCCAAAUAUCAGGGCAGACACGCUCUGCUGGUGCAUGUUUUUUUUAUUUUCAUUCUCAAAUGUGCAUUUUCUCUGCGUACAUGUUACAAACACUCACUACUGUUCAAAGACGUUUAAUGACAUUCAGACUUUAGACUGUGCCAGUUGAUGUGUUUCAUAAAGAUAAGUACCAGGCAGUUUAAUAUUGUCAUACACUCAUGUUUCGCUUCACAUAAUAUGACAUUAUUAGCGUCCAACUGCAUUAAGCUCUCUGAAGGACCUUUACCUGCUGCUAUGAUUUAUGUUCUCAGUCACUUUCAGGCACGUUUUUUUUCUUCUUUUUGUGACUCAAAUGUUUCUUUGUGUAAGUAUUAAAUAUAAAAAUGCUCUGCGCACAUCAUAUAUUUGCAGAUCAUUGCGGUGUACUGUAAAUAGUUUUUUCAAAAAGUGAAUUAAUACCGUAAUAAAGAUGUAUUUUAUUU